AUGCUUCGUCGCAACGGAAAGCCGACCUCCUGCGAGCCAUGCCGGCUCUCUAAGGUCCGCUGCGACCAUGCUACCCCCAUAUGUCGCCGUUGUCACUCUCGAGGCAUUGUGAACCAGUGCUACUACCACCCCGCCCCCUUGACGCGAGUCAGGGAUGGAGGUAUUGGACGGCCUCGUGCAGCUCAACACCGUGGCGCCCAUCGCCAGUCUCUGUUGAACGUGCAUGACUUGAGUCCGACGCCGGAGGUCGCGAAUGUCUUGCCUGAGACCGGCUCCGACACCAAACACAGCCAAGACUCGGAAUUCUUAGGCUCAACGAGCUACCUGUCCGUCUUCAAAGAGACCCCGCGCGGGAUCUCAGGGAAGGCAAACCGAUCUCUCUACACCGAGUUCGAGUACUGGCGCACCGAGCAUGCCUAUGCAUCCUCACGGCUGAUCCGUCUGGCCUCCGCCAUGGCUUUCCACCGGGAGCAGAUAGAUUGGUACCAUCGCGUAAGCCGCUUCACGGUCGUCCCAGCCCCGCUCAUCCUGGACUCGCUGGACCGAGUGCAGGAGUACAUCCGGCGUCACCCCUGGGAUGUAACGAGAAAUUGGAAGGGACUGUACGAGCAGAUCACGGCCGCGACCGGACGGCCCCUCCACGUCUCUAGGGACAUGUCCCCGGGUGACUUCUACGCGCAAUUCACCGGGCCGAACCUGCGGUGGGAGUUCAUCGCCCUGAUCCUCACCUCGUCGGGUAUUAGUACCAUGGUACGGUAUCCGGGUCACCACGUGGUGGAGCUGGGGACUGGGGAGAAGAUGACCGUCGAGAUGUUCAUGAAGGAGAUGGUCUUGGCCAGUAACGCGUGCAUCGAGAUUAGUAAACAGUUCGGCCACGUCAAUGAUCUGAUCUUGUGGGCACGGUAUAUGCAUGUUCAUUUGGCAAUGGAGGUGCUGGGCGAUACCAGUGAGCGAAUGUACAGUCUUUUCGGAGACCUAAUCUCGAACAUCUACACCAUCGGGCUCCACCAUCAGCCCUUACGUGAUGUGCCUUUCUUCCUGGCGGAGACAAGGAAACGGAUGUUGGCUGUCGCUCAUCGCACGGACAAGAGCCUUGCCACCCUCAUGGGACGACCUCCCCGUCUGCCGCAUCAGUACUGCGAUGCAGCUCCGCCGCUUGACAUCGCGGAUGAAGAUCUUUUCCUCGACAGCGCCUCGCUGAAUGCCGUACUAGCAGGUCUAGACGAUCAAGGAUGGCACCGCGAAGCGAGGUUCAUGCCCGCAACAGUGAUGCGCAUUCGCCAUUUUCUGUCUACGCUUCGUGAACAGGUCCUCGAACUAUCCCUGGGCAACAAAUCAGCCAGUGACUAUGGCGAGCGUGUUCUGAAAACUUACCACCUAUGCCAAGAAGUCUCGAACAAGAUCCCCUCGCGCUUCCACUAUGACCCCCUCUGCUGGAACAGCUGCGACCUGAUGGAGUCUCUCGCGCGAAUCCUAAUUCAGUUCGACUACCAAUUCAGCGUCCUGCACCUGCAACGCAUCCGCUGCAAAGAAAACAGCGACGCAACCGGAGACUUGAUGGACACCUCCCUGCAGGUCCUAAACAUGGUCAUGGAUCUGACGCGCAACUACCAGUCCCACCGAGUCCAACGACAGUUCGCUUGCAUCUACCUAGCCUACGGCAUCCCCGCCGCCGGAAUCCUGGUCACAGAGCUCCACAGUCACACUCUCGCCAAUCGGCCUUUCCCUGCCUCCACCCCACGCUCGGAAAUCAUCCGCUCGCUGAGUGUGCUGAUCGCCUGGGUGCAGAGCACUGAGAUGCCGCCGUCGGCCACUGCCGUUGCAGCGAGGGAGCUGACGAAAGUGAUUAGUCGGCUGCUGGACGAUGCGUUGAAUCAUCAGCAUGGGGCCAGUGUUGCGGUUGCGGAGCAGGCUGAGAAUCCGGCUGCUGGUCCGCUGGUUCGGGAUGCAGACGAGUUUCUGCCGCAGGGGCUUGGGGAGGGGUUUCAUUUGCCGUCUGAGGCUCUGGGCGUGGGCUUGGCUAGUGAGGAGUUUUUGAGUUGGUUGGAUGAGUUGGAUUUGGAUAUGAUCUCUGGGGAGAGGUUCAUAUAA